UCCACACCCUUUUUCAUUCCUUUGUUUUUCUUUCUCUCACUUCCCGUUUCUCUUUCAGAAAAAGGAAAGUUCAAGCUAAGCUAAAACUCUGAACUUUCCCCUUCUCAGUCUCCUCAGGGACAGAGAAAGAUUAAACGAAAGGAAAAGAAAAAGACUUCUUCUUUUUUUCCCUAAAAGAAAAGUUGAUCUUUUUUUGUUUGGUUCGAUUCUCUUUAGCCAUUUCCUUUUUGCAUGUAGAUGCUCUUUGGUAGCCUUAACUCGCCACUUCGACUCACUUCAAUCCAUGGCUAAUAACCCCAACGAGUCCCCCGCUGAUGAUUUCCUCGAGCAAAUCCUCGGACUCUCCCACUUUGCGCCUACUGAGACUGGCUUAGCGGGGCCCGACGGUAGAUUGUCUGGAAACGCCACGACGGCUGGAGCGCCAAUGCUUCUGCAGCUCAGCUCCGGCGGUGGCACCGGACACAUCGGCGCUAUAGGCGGCGGUGGAGGCGGUGCGUUUCACGGACAGGUUUUUCCAUUGGGAUUGAGCUUGGAGCAAGGAAAAGGUGGGUUUUUGAAGCCCGAGGAAGCAUCCGGUAGCAGCAAGCGCUUCCGCAACGAGGUCGUUGAUGGCAGAGCUUUUUCUGUUAAAAACGUUUUCCAUGGACAACCAGUGCCAGCUACUGUUGCUGCUGGACCACAUCCACCAGCAAUGCGUCCGAGGGUGAGGGCUAGACGAGGACAGGCCACAGAUCCACAUAGCAUUGCUGAGCGGUUGCGCAGGGAGAGAAUUGCCGAAAGAAUCCGGGCAUUGCAGGAACUUGUUCCUAGUGUUAACAAGACUGAUAGAGCAGCAAUGCUUGAUGAAAUUGUAGAUUAUGUGAAGUUCCUGAGGCUCCAAGUUAAGGUCUUGAGCAUGAGUAGGUUGGGCGCAGCUGGUGCAGUGGCACCACUCGUAACGGACCUCCCACUAUCGUCAGUUGAGCAGGAUGAAAGUGGCGAGGGAGGAAGAAGCCAACCAGCCUGGGAGAAAUGGUCAAAUGAUGGCACAGAGAGACAAGUAGCUAAGCUGAUGGAAGAAGAUGUCGGAGCUGCCAUGCAAUUCCUUCAAUCAAAGGCUCUUUGCGUCAUGCCAAUUUCACUGGCCACUGCAAUUUACCACACGCAAUCUCCGGAUACCUCCUCUGUUGUUAAGCCGGAAACAAAUCCUCCUUCAUAGACACCUCACAUGAGAAAAAGAGGAAAAGAAAACGGUGUAUCAUAUGGUGGGGGAGACUGUGGACAAAGACGGAAGCACUUUUCUUGUGUAGUGAUGGGGCAUGGAUUUUUGGGUUUGGUGGGAUGUGGGACCCGCAAAAGGAGAUGGAUGAGAUGAGUAUAUUUACAUAUUAUAACAAUAAAAUAUUACAAUAUUGAUAGUGUUAGUGUAAGUAACAGUGUAAUUUCACAGGGAAGGGCUAAAGUAGAAGAAGGGAUAAUGGUUGGCUGAUUUUAUAAAAUGCUGAUUGAAUAAAAUAGAUGGAUUGGUUCACGUUUCAGAAAA